UCGUGUCACUUCCGGAUCAUUGUUCUGUUAAGGGGAAACCCUCAUCAUGGCGGCUGAUGGUGAACCUGUGUAUUGUUUAUGUCGCCUGCCUUAUGAUGAUACGCGGUUUAUGAUCGAAUGUGACGUCUGCAAUGACUGGUUUCAUGGAAAUUGUGUUGGUGUCCAAGAACAUCAAGCUUCUGAUAUUGAGAUAUACCAUUGCCCAAACUGUCAGAAAGAACAUGGGCCUCUUACAUUGAAGAAAAGACGUAACUGGCAUCGCCACGAUUACUCUGAAACAGACUCAUCAAAAGCAGUGCAGACUGGAACAGUGACUUUCAUAAAAGAAUUAAAAAACAGAAAUUUCCCUAGUGCAGAUGAAAUUCCUAUAUUACGGGUAAAAGGCAGUGAUCUAACCCUACCAUAUUUUGAAGAGAAUGGCUUUGAAGUACCUAUCUUAGUAGAAAAUAAAGAAGGGCUUGAUAUUAAAGUACCACCAUGCGACUUCUCUAUACAAGACAUAGAAAACCAUGUGGGCUCUAUGCGAGAGAUUGAUGUAAUUGAUGUUGCCCGGCAAGAGGACUACAAGAUGUUGAUGCGGGAAUGGACAGAAUAUUACAAUAGUCCUGAUCGAGACAAAAUAUUCAACGUUAUUAGUCUAGAGUUCUCUAAUACAAAACUCUCAGAAUUAGUUGUUCCUCCUAAGAUUGUUCGACAGGUUAGCUGGGUAAAUAACAUGUGGCCCGAUAAUUUGCCUGAUGACUGCACCUACUCACGGCCAGAGGUACAGAAAUACUGUCUAAUGGGUGUACAGGACAGCUUUACUGAUUUCCACAUUGACUUUGGUGGCACCUCCGUUUGGUACCAUGUGCUCCGCGGUGAGAAGGUGUUUUAUCUGAUUAGGCCUACUCCAGCCAAUAUGGAUUUGUAUGAAAGUUGGAUCUCUUCAUCAAACCAGAGUGAAACCUUCUUUGGUGACCAAGUUGACAAUUGCUAUAAAUCAGUUGUGACAGCUGGACAGACUUUAUUCAUCCCCACUGGCUGGAUACAUGCAGUCUUCACACCUGUUGAUACACUUGUCUUUGGUGGCAACUUCCUACAUAGCUAUAAUAUUCCAUUACAGUUAAAGGUCUAUGAGAUUGAAAGACAUGUAAAAACACCUGAAAAAUACUUGUUUCCUAGUUUUGAAACUAUUUGUUGGUAUGCAGCAAAAUAUGUAUUGGAUAUUCUUAAAGAUUGUGAAGAAGAUGGGAGAAAGGCCUCAAACUAUGUUAUAGCUGGAGCUAAGUCUUUGGCUCAGCAUUUGAAGUCAUGGACUCAAAGGAAAGAUUUGAACAGCCAAUAUAUCUUUGCUAAGAGUGCAAAGCAUGAUGUUCCUGAACAUAUCCAAUAUGGUAAACUUCUCAAAGAACUUGUAAAAGUGUCUCGGAAUUUUGAAGUUCAGAAGACUGCCUUAAAACCUAAAAUUGAGAGAAAAAAGCGAAAGAAGAAUAUUCCUACACCAAAGCAGAUGGAAAGCCUUGACAUCCUUCAUCAGCAUACAACAGAGAAACUUCAAGAACUUCAGAAACAAGAACACAAGAUUGAAGAGCACAAAAACGUUUAUGCUUUUUCAGACGAUCCUCCUUCUCCUCCACCAACAAGUCUGAAGAUGCGUAUUCCUAAGGCUGGAGCUUUUAUUGACAAUGUACUGAAAACUGUAAAAGAAGAAGAAGAAAAUUUGAACCCUGUUGAUAUUUCAUCAUUGAAAUUGAAGGUUUCAAAUGGAAGAAUUGUUGGUGAUAAUGUUAAACCAGAUGUACUGAAUAUUGGGAAAUUCCAACCUCUUAUGACUGAUUUUGAUGAUGAUGGAGAUAGUGAUCCAGAUCAACUUGUUGUUGAUGAAUCUCCAACUGUCCGGAAAAAAAGCAAACCUGGUGAGAACAACUCUCGCACAACAAUGAAACCGGGAUCACUGAAGUUGAAAUUAUCAUUUUCUGGAAAGUAUCCUAAUGAUAAUGAGGGCCAACUACCAUUAGAUGUCGAUGUAACUCCACCAAUAAAAAGGCAAAGAAAAACCCCAGCAGCUAAGAAAGAAAAGAAGCCAGCUGCCCCUAAAUCCAAAUCACCAGGACCUAAAACCCCAGCCUGUAAGAAAGAACCAAAGAAGGCACCUGCAAGAGCUACAAAAGGCAAAGCAAAACAAACAAAAGAUCAAGAUGAUAACAAAAAUUCACUUGGCUAUAAUCUAGAAGAGCAAGGUAUAGAAGUUGCUGAUGCCUCCAAAUUAAGUUUGAAUCUUCAACCAAAAGUAAUGAAUACUUUCAAACCAGACCCGCUGACUAUAAAAGUUAAAGCAGACUAUUCACUACAAAGAGCUGGAAAUGAUCCUCUUUUGCACUUAGAUCAAAGUACCCUAUCGAUUGAGAAGACAAAAGAUGAACCAAAAAGUAAAAAGCAAAAAGGGGAACCAAAAGCCAAGAGAGGAGCAGCUAAGAAAUCAAAAGAUGAAGUAGUAGCUAAUAUCAACAAAGAGGAUUCUACUUCUAAAAAAGUCAAGAAUGAAACUAACUCUAAGACAACAAAAGAUUUAUCAAAUAAGAAAAACAAAUCUAAAGAACCAGAUAUAACAAUGGAAGCUACUAAAAUUGAACCUUUAAUGCUAGACACUAAAUAUGAACUACCAUUUUUAGAGACUAGAUUUGAGCCUUUAUUGGAAAUUAAGAGUGAUACUCCUCCCAAAAAAACAAAAGGAGAAUCUAAAAGGGGCCGAGGAGUAACAAAAAAAAUGAAGGAAGAAUUGAAAAGUAAAGGUAAUUCAAAAAAGGGUAAAAAUGCUAAUCUUGAAAUGGAAGUCAAGGAAAAUACAUCUCUGGAUGAUUUUGAUAAUGACCAGUUGGUUAUAAAUUUACAAGACACAAAAACACCAAAAAGAGGGAAAACAGAUACAACAGAAAAAAAAACUAAAAGUAAGGUAGCUCCUAGAAAGGCAAAAGAUAACUUAAAAGGAAAUAAAGCAAUUCCUGAGUCAAUAGAAAUUGAGAAAUGUUCUCGUCUUGAAGAAACUGAAACUAAAAAACUGAAGAUAGAACCUGGAAAAAAGUCAAAGAAUGAAUCUGCAGGGAAUAAAAGUAAGAUUGAUCCUUUAUUUCUAAAUCUUAAAAAGGAUCCACAGUUGGAGAAAUCUGAUCAGCAAAAUAUUUCAUCUGUAACCUCAAAUCAGACUGAUUCCUUGAAAAUGGCAUGGUCUGAUUUACCAUUGAUGACAUCACCUCAGCAUGAAAGAAAACCAUUAACAUCACCUCAACCUGAUCUACAAUCUUUAAUGGCUAUUCGAGCAAAUCUUCAAUCUUUGACUUCAUCUAGAUCAGAUUCACAAUCAUUGACAUUGACUAGACAAGAUCAUUCUUCAUCAAAACAAAAUUCACCUUUAAAAUCUCCACAAUCAGAUCCAUUUUCACCUUUGUACAAAAAAUCUGGUCCUUUGUUGUCAUUGUCCGCUUCCUCCUCAUCUUCAUCAUCAUCAUUAUCAUCAUUAUCAUCAACAUUAUCAUCAUCAAAACACUCCAAAUCAGACCCAUUAUCAUUAACAUCUACAAGACCAGACCCAUUGUCUUUAAUACAGAAAAAAACAGAUUCAUCACCAUUAACAUCUCCCAAAAAAGAUUCUUUGUCUUCAGCAUCCAAGAAAUCAGAAACACUAUUUCUUUUACCCAAAAAACCAGAUCCACUGUCUUUAGUACCUAAAAAACCUGAUCCAUUGUCCUUAAUUCCUUCUAAAAAACAAGACCCUCUAUCUUUAAUACCUAAAAAACCAGACCCAUUAUCCCUUUUACCCCAAAAGCCAGAUCCACUUUCUUUAAAAAUUACAAAAUCAGACUCUUCAUUGCUGAGCCCCCAAAAUCCCGAUUCUCCUUCAUUGAAAUCAUGCAGACCUGAUCCACUAUCAUUAGUAACAUCCCACAAUAAUAACUCAUUGUCUUUACUAAACAACAGGCCAGAUUCUCAAUCAUUAUUGGAAACUAAACCUGAUCCAUUAACUGAAGCAUUUAUGAACAAUAAAGAACCAUUAACACCAAAAGAUAAAUCCAUGUUAAUUAAUAGUCCAAAAUCUGAAGCAUCGUUAAUUAAAAAAAUGAGUGUAGAUCCAGUAGAGCAGUCAUGUGGUAAAUUAGCAAUAUGUGAAGAAGUGCCAAACAGUAAGGAAAUCAGCAAAUCUGAAGAAAAGAAAGAGGAGGUCAGUCGAACACUCGUUGAUAUCAAAGUCGAUCAGUUGGCCAGCAUCCUGAAGAGUGAAAGUCUUUUAAGUAAAGCUCGACUCAGCACAUUAAAACCACUUGAUAGCCAAGCAAAAGAUAAAGAAGUUGAUCAUCCUGCUUCAUCAUUACCAACAACAAAACAUAUGGAGAAGUUACCUGUGAAAGAGAAGGUGCCCAGCAGUCCAGCGGGGAAGUUAAAGCAAUCUACUGAUCUAGUCGCUGGAAACAAAACAUCGGCAAAUACGAUGUUGGAUUCUACAUGUAAACCAGAGACAAUAAUCAGUCUGAAAGCUGAACUACAUGCAAAACAGCUUGCAAUGCAAGCAAAAAUUGCUGAAGAAGAAGGGGGUAAGAAAGACUUGUCUGUAACAGAAACUGAGCAGUCUAAGAGAAUGAAUAUGCCUACUAUAAGGGGUGGGCUCAACUGUGGCAUUGCAGACAUUUUGGAGGCCAGUGGCUAUGGAACAGAAACUGAUUUCCAAGUGGAUGAGGAUGUCAGUGCUCCAUCACCGACAAUGCGGGAUGCCAUUCAAGGCAUGCUAUCUAUGAGUCGUAUGGGGAGCCCACAGUUGUUUUCAGGAGGUGCUGCUUUAGGUACUGGUAAAGGUCGUAAACAAUGGUCAGGUCCACAACCUGAUGAAGAAGAGCAAUUGGGAGUUUGCUAUAAAGAUGAUGAAUACAUUUAUCCAUCUUUAGACAUAUCUGAUGAUGAAGAUCCACAUAUAUUUAAACCUAGAGGCAAGCAGAAAAAAGAUGAAACGUGGAAUCCAAAAGCACGUGUUCAAGUAUCUGGUGAAAAGCGGGAACGAGUAGCACGUGAUAAUGCUCGAAGGGAAUCAAUGGAAAGCACAUUGGCAGCAACAGCAGCAAAAUAUGAAACUAUUGCAAAAUCUAAAAAAGGUAACCGUAAAAGAUUAAAAACUGAAGAAUCUCCUGAAGACAUCCAGCCUUCAAUGUCUCCUGGGCAUUCAGCUUCUCACAAUUUAUCACCAGCAUCAACAGUGUCAUCUACAACAACAACAACAACAACAACAACAACAACAACACUAACAACAGCAACAGCAACAGCAACAGCAACAACAGUAUUACCAGCUGUGGCAAGUACAUCAGCAGCUUCAGACAGCAGUUUCUCACCAGCUAAUGUUACAAGUAUGCCACCAAAAGGAGCUGUGGCCCCAGGAACCCCAAGUACAAUAGCAGUUCCAGGAACCAGCAGUGGCAUUACUAGUAGUAAUGGUGGCGUCAUUGGAUCGAGUGGAGGGUCUCUCCAACCUCGACCAUUUUCUUCACCUCUAGGUUGUCCAUCUAAACCCAAGAAACCUAAGAAGGGAUUUGCCACUGCCAAACAGCGACUUGGAAGAAUAUUAAAGAUACACAAAAUGCGAUUCUGAAGGUGAAUGUAAUAUAAAAAAAAAAAAAAAAGGAAAAUUAAGAGAUGCUCACAGAGAUAUUUUUCACAUAAACAUAUAUUUGUUUAAUUUUUUUUUUUCAUCCAGGCAUUGAGUGAAUGACUCUUUAUGUUUGUGCAACUGAUCUCACUAAGGUGUGCAAGUUAACACAAGUGUGUGCAUGUGGCUUGAGUGAAAGUAACAGCAUAAGUCAUGAUUUACACCAAAGUGGGACCGGUACCAAUAACUGUCCAAGCCAUCCUUUUGGUUUUCAAAGUGUAAAAAGGCUAAGGAAAACUUGAGGAACUUUGCUAUGGAAAAAAUUUUCAAACAUUCAUAAGGUUACAGAAGUUAUAAAAUUAUAAGUGGACAAAAUUAGUUUGAAAACUUACAUGUAAGUAUCAUUGAAAAUGGGGAGAGAUGUGAAAUUAAUUGUUAAUUGUGAAAGAGUGAGAUUACUGGUAUUUUAGUAUUUUUUAUUAGAAUUAUAAUUUUGUUUAGAUAUCCUUUGUAUGAAAAAUUUAAAUUAUUAUAUUGAAUUUUUUUUUUUUUUUGAUUUAAUUUUAUUUUUGCACAUUGUAAAAUAUUGCAAAUUGACUGCCAUAUAUUGAAUACUUGCUGAGUAUGCAGCUCUUAUGCCACAUUAAUUCUGAUUUAUUAACUAGACAUAGGGGAAUAUGCUAAUUGCUAUUUUAAUUCUUUGAAAUAUAGGGAUUGAGUCUUUUUACUGAAACUACUGUAUUUGAUAGAUGUAAGAUUUUAUGUAUGUAAAUACACAUUACAUACAAAUUAAACAUACAGACAUACCUAUGAACACAACUGAUUUGGCACAAAAUGUAUAAGUAAAUCAGAAUUUAUUGUACUGACAAAACUGGUGACCAGUAAAGCUUUUAUGUAAUUAUUA